UACGGUUCACUUUGCUGGAACACCAGCCACGCUAUUUAAACGUGGCUGAACACUUAAGCAUCCUAUUCGAUUAUAAUUUACAGUAAAUUAAAUCCCUUCCUACCGUACAUCCCUAGUUAACAGGGCAUCAUGUCCACGACGAGCGCGUGGCGGCAGCAGACGCCGCGGGACUGGGAGCAUUACGUCAACAAGCAGGUGACAGUGACCGCUCACGGCCAGCAGCAGCACCGCGGCUGGCUACACACGGUGGAUCCAGUCACCGCCAGCGUGGUGCUGGUUCAGCUGGGAGAGGCGGCGGGCGGCUGUAGCGUCUCCGUGGUGAUGGGGCAUGCGGUGGAGCAGGUGGAGGUGGUGGGGGAGGCCGAUGAGGAGACCGCGCUGCGGCUCUCCUCUCUGUUCAGAUCGGAGGCGCCGGAGUUGCGUGGGAGCGUGGAGGAUGUGAAGAGGAGGAGGGAGGAGCUGAGGGGCUGGUUGCAGCAGAACCGCGUGCCGGUGGAGGAGGUUGGGGAGGAUCUGCUGGUAGCCGGCGUUCUGACGGUGAGACCGCCGUACGCGGAGCAGGACUGCUUCAGCAGCAACCAGAUGGUCCUGGCCCGUAUCCAGGGCCUCCUGGCCCGCAUGCCCACACCAGCGGGACAGCCAUUUGACCAACCGGCCGCUGAUGGACAGCAGUCAUGUGACCAACCGGCGGCUGAUGGACAGCAGUCAUGUGACCAACCGUCUGCUGGAUUCUGAGUUGAUAUUGAAAAGUUGAUCUAGCUGGUUAAGGAGCGGGUAAAUUAUUGUCUACCAACAUGUUGGAUUGUUUAACUGAUGGAUUUGGUAGGUUUGUUUUUGUUUAGCUGAUGACAUCAGUGAAAUUGAUGGUGAUCUGGGAAGUGACUUGCUCUGAUACUGCCUGCACAUUCAUUUAAAUUUGUUUAUAUUUUUCUGUUAUUGUUUGUCAAAUAAUCCUUUUGCACAGCUGUGAUCAAUCAAUAGUUUGAAGAGUCAACAUCCUAUCAAUAGGAUGUGGUUACCAUUGACUAAACAUUAUAGUCGAUAUCUUUGGUUAUUUGUAUUUCAAAUAUUAUUAAACCAUGUUUUAGGUUCAGA